AUGGAUAGCUUCCUCUCGUCGACUUCCGAGGUUCAAAGCGCUCGGGAGCUAGCGGAAGAGUCCAAGUCAGCUCUGGUGGACCUGGCGAUUAUCCUCAAGCGGCGCAUCGAAGUUCUGGAGCAGCAGAUCAAAGACAAGCACCACGAGACAAUUACUUUAAGUGCAGCGAAGGAGAUCAUCCAGCACAAGCUGCAGGACGAGCGCUGUGCUUUCGCCAGCAAGCGAGAGCAGCUCUGGAACGAAAUAGAACGAGUCGAUCUCACCCAAGCUGAAGAUGACAGUCCACCACCGAGAGAGCAGCAGCAAAGUGCGUUCGAUGAGGAGCGCGCACAGUUGCUGGAGCAGGCAAGCGACGCUGCCAGGACCCAACAGGACGUUAGCAUCCGCAACUUAGCACAACGGGAGGGGAUGCUGACGUGUCCGAUAUCUCUGGAAUUGUUCGUGGAUCCAGUGGUGAAGAAAUGUUGCGGAAAGACGUUCUCGUCGGAGGCACUACGCCAAGCGCUGAUGAGAAGCUCGCUGUGUCCGUUCUGUCGUGCACCCACGGUGUCGUUUUAUCCGAACCGUGACGUGGCGACACUGGUGGAGCUCCAUCGCGCGGAGCGUUCAGUUCUCGGACUACCUGAACUCCCUGCACCAAGCAACGACGAAGCAGUAGAGCGUGGGCCGCCUAUAUCCGACGCGACUUGCUCUACCAUAGUCGAAGCUCCACUAGCACCCGUCAAAGUCGACAUCGAGAUCAACGCAGAGGUGGUCAAAGUCGAAGAGCAGAACCGCAGCAACAUAUCCGAUAUGCCCGAGGCACCGCGCAUUGACUACAAGGCGCGAUCACGACAGCCGUGGUUACUACGACUCAACCUCGACUUCGAGCUCGAGUUCCUGGUCAAGCUCCAGAUCGAGCUCGUCAAGCUCCGACUCAAGCUCUGCCUCGAGUUCCGACUCGGGCCCGUACUAAUGAUCUCGCAAGAGGCUAUCAUUUCAAGCUUUUAG